CUACGACGCCUUGCUUAUCCUAAUCGACUCUCAGAUCUACAAAAGUACUUCGGAUUUUCGCCUCAAGAUUUGUCCUACAUUUUUAACUCAAUGAUUAAUCAUGUUUAUGGCAAUUUUUAUCAUCUUCUGACAUCUCUCCAGUUAUGGUGGUUAUCUCUUGAACAUCUUAAAGAGUUUUCGGGAGCUUUGGUCAGGAAAGGGUGUCCAAUUCCAUCUUGUAUUGGGUUUAUAGAUGGAACCUUGCACAAAACUUGUCGGCCCACUCGAUCCCAACAAGAAGUUUAUAGCGGUCAUAAACGGUCGCACGGACUGAAAUAUCAAUCGGUUGUGACUCCAAAUGGAAUGGUUGCAAAUUUAUACGGACCUAUCCCAGGGCGAAGGCAUGACUCAUACAUGCUACAUGAAAGUGGGUUACUUGACAAAUUAGCAGUUCAUUUGGGUGGUCAAGAAAUGUACUUGUAUGGCGACAGUGGAUAUCCACUCCACAGAAGCUUAAUCACUCCACAUAUUGGAAACCAACUUUCAGACCAGCAAAAGUUAUUUAACUUAACGAUGAGCAAAUUGCGGGUUUGUGUAGAAUGGGAGUUUGGUGAGAUAGAUAAACAGUUUACAUUUAUUGAUUUUAAAAAGAACUUAAAAAUAUUUCUGCAACCAGUGUCAAAAUAUUAUUUUGUAGCUACCAUUUUAAAGAAUUGCCAAAAUUGUUUAUAUGAAUGUCAAACAUCGAAGUAUUUUGGGGUUAAGCCUCCGACACUCGAGGAAUAUUUGAGAAAUCAAAAUCUAAACUAAUCACAAACAUGUUCUAGAAAUGAAUGGAAAUAAAUCAGUUUAUUGCAUGUAAGCUAU